CUCUUUUUUUUUGGCGCGCAAAAGGGUCAUUCGAGUUGGCGGAGAACGAUGGAGCCUCGGUAUUGUAAACCGUUCCUCAAACGCUCGCGAGCCGCUCCGGGCUCCAACACCUCCCCAAAUUCUAGGGUUUACUGCGACUCCGGUAUGAGCAGAAGGAAAAAGGUGAAGUUUGCAGAUUCUCUUAGUGUUCAAGAACUAAGAUGUGAAAAGAGUGCACGUUCAGUAAAGACGGAAACAACUCGGUCUCCAAGUUCUGAUCGUGCAAAGACUUCCGAGUACAAGUAUUUUAAAAAACUACAUGAAGAAGCUGGUCAUAAAUGUUGUUCUUAUGGAGCUCCUGUGCAAGAAAUCAAUUUGAAGACAUCCAAAGAAAGGGAUGGUGUGGCAAAUUUCUAUAACUCAGGCACAUGCAAAUCUGAUAUGAGUAAGUCCAUUUUGCCUCUUCAAAAUGUCACGCCUAUUGCUGAAAGGUCCUCUUUUACACCUGCUAUGGUUACUGAAAAUUGUGCAUUGAAUAGCUUAGUCACAUGCAAAUAUGAUGUGAACAAAUCCUCAUUGCCCAUUCAUAGUGUCAUGCCUAUUUCUCAAAGGUCCAUAUUCACACCUGCAGAGGUUUCAUGGAACUAUGGAAGAAAAUACAAGCACAGUGGAAUUUUUACUGAAAAGAGGCGUAAACUACUUCAGUUAGCAUUGCAAGCGUUGUCUCUGGAAAUUGAUGAAUUACGACUAAAUAGAUCAGAUUCAAUUUUCAAAUUCCUGCAUAGGUUGGGCACUGGGAGAAAAUCGAGCGACCAUGAGAAACUCACAAAGUCAGUGCAGAAGGUAUCAAAUGACUGGUGCCGGUCACUUGCUGCAUCCAAGUUUGAUGGUCCCUUGGAAGAAGUGCUUGAGUUAACAGGAAGAAACCUUUUUCCAACUAUUUCCACAAAACACUCAAGAACGGAUUUGCUUGCUCAUAAAUGCAAGAGAACAGAUGAUUGCAUCAGUUUUCCACUGGAGUACUCUGAGAUUGAGGUUUCUCCUACUUGGCAUGCUAUUGAAGCAGGGUUUCAGUGCAACAAGCAAUCCAAUUGGGUAUUAGAUGAAGCGGGAAGCUCAGAUCUGCAUGCUGAGAACAGAUCAACCUCAGCUAUUGAAUGGAGCACAGAAUUUGGAUACAUGUUACCCAAAUUCGUUUACCCAAUCCCUAGAGCUUUUUCUGCCUAUCACCCCUUCACUGAGAAAUCACUUGUGCCUUAUACCAAAAGAACUUCAACAAAGCUAUGUGAUCUCCACGGUCAAGAAUUGCAUUUAGAGCUGGUCAAAGAGCAGUGUACUACUCGGUUACUGGGAUGGAAUGAGGACAUUGAAGAGCCAGGGCUAUCUUUUGGUUCUGAAAGUGAGAUGGAUCAUUUGCCCCUAACCUUGUAUACUGCUCCAAAUUUUCUUGAUCAAACUAACUUCUAUGAAAGUAGAAAGAUAUUCAACUUUUCCUCCAGCAGCAACUGCUUGGCGCUGCCUGAUACAUCUCAUCUGAGUGUGAAUGGUCUCCUUUCAACUCCACUGCAUGCAUAUGAACUAGAAUGGAAGAGCUCACCUACUGUUGACAGCAUGUUCAAGUCUUCACCUACCAGCAACCAUGAGGUGAUGCUCCAAGUAACACCCCAUCAAAACCUGGAUGGUCUCUUUUAGACUUCAGAACAUAAUUAUGAGCCUGAAAGGAAGAGUGCACCUAUUUUGGACACACAACUUUGCUUGUUGAUUUCUGCUCUCUCCUGCCUCAUGAAGGGAACAUAGGAGGUAUACUGAAUUGCAUGUCUACCACAAGCAAAGAUGAUUUUGCAGGUGAAAGAAGCAUUGUGGGAAUCCAAAGUCGCCAUGCAGGUGACAUAUCUAGCCUCAACUGAUUUUAAAUCCUUAUGUCCCAACUUUUCUUUGGGAAGGGAAGAGAGGAUCUCUGCAUUCUUCCUAAUAGACAAAGCUGGUGCUGAUGUUAAAGGAGAACUAUAUGUGAUAAUUAAAUGCUCUUGAGGAGAAGAUGAAUAGUGGCUUUAUAUUGAUCUAAGGGCAUCAGGCUGUAUGUAUACAAGACUAGGUUAUAGACUUUUGAGUUCUAUCUAGGGUAACAGUUGUAUGAACAAAUCAUACGGUAUAUACAUCUAAUUCUCCACAACCCACCCCCCUUUCAACCUUAUGGUGGUUCAGAAGUGAGCAGCAUGACUUUGCUAAGGACAGAAAUGGCUGAAAAGAGGAAAGUUGAGAGAAGAAAAAGUGAUUUGGCAAGGCCAAGGGCUGUUUCUUGGUAAAAUACUUUAUAUUUCAUUUUUAGGAAAGGGUUAGUUGUGAUAGAGGUAGUAGCCUCAUCUCACAAACGUGAAUAUAUAGGGAGCAAUUGUAUUGGAGGGAGCUAGUAAAGCAUCACCUAACAAAUGUGAAUGUAUGGACAACAAUUGUAUUAGAGGGAGCUGGUAAGAAGUAAAAUGUCUAAUUCAGGAAGAAGAUUAAAGGUUUUUUGACUUGAAUUUUCCCCCAUUCUCCCCUCGAAAUUGACGAAUGCG